CUCUCACUCUCUCGAAUGUUUAACAUAACUGUGGCAACUUUAAGACUUCUGCAAAAAAAAAACGUCGUUCAUUGCAUUUUUGUUUGAUAAAAUUUAAUCAAACGCUUGCUGGGUGGAUAUAUAUCUAAAGAAAAGCAUAAGAAGUGAAUCAUACGCCCCAAAAAAUAACACUAAUUGGACGAACAAAAACGACAUAACAUGGCGGCCGAAAUAAAGCCAUCUCCGAAAAGGAAUGAACGUUUCAGUACCAAAAAACCUGAAUUACUUAGCAAAUUAGAGGGCAGUGCUGACGACAUUAAUGCCGCUAUUCUAAUACCGGGAGAAAAUGGUGUUAUCAGUGUGUCCGAUGACAAAACUAUACGCGUUUGGUUGAAACGUGACUCGGGACAGUACUGGCCCAGCAUUUGCCACUUUAUGCCCUCGGGAUGCACUUGUAUAUACUAUUUGGAGGAAACACGACAACUGUUUGUUGGUCAAGAGAAUGGAACUGUGACAGAGAAUACGCUCUCGGAGGACUGCAAUCGGCUAUCGUUCGUACGCGAUCACUUGGCUCACCAGGCUCGUGUUGUGGCUGUGGUCUACUCAAAGGUGCACAAUUGGGUGCUCUCAUGUAGUAAGGAUAAAACUUUUGCAUAUCAUUGCUCCGAGUCGGGACGCAGAAUUGGCCAAUACAGCUUUGAGACACCUUGCACUGCCCUGCAGUUUGAUGCAUUGGCCAAAUAUGCAUUUAUUGGUGAUCAUGCGGGUCAGAUUACCAUGUUGCGUUGUGACACACAGAGUGUGCAGUUGAUAACCACCUUUAAGGGACACACUGCGGCCAUUCGUUGCUUAAAGUGGGUGGAGGGCCCACAGCUGCUGUUCAGUGGGGCCUGUGACCAGAGUGUCAUUGUCUGGGACGUGGGAGGAAAACGUGGCACCAUUUACGAGUUGCAAGGCCACAAGAACAAGGUGACAUCCCUGGCCUAUGCCAAUCAUACCCAACAACUGAUCACUUGUGGCGAAGACAAUGUUGUGGUCUUCUGGGAAAUGAAUGCCAUGCGUAAGGAGGUGCCUGCCUGGGUGGAGUCCAACAACUGUCAGAUAUGUUCCCGUCCAUUCUUUUGGAAUUUCCGUUCAAUGAUGGAUCAAAAACAAAUCGGUAUACGCCAGCAUCAUUGUCGCAAUUGUGGCCGUGCCAUAUGCGACAAUUGUUCCAACAAUCGUAUUAACAUACCCAUUAUGGGCUUUGAAUUUGAUGUGCGUGUAUGUAAUGCUUGCUACAACGAAUUACACACAGUCGAACGCCCCUCGUUGGCCUCAUUUCACGAUGCCAAACAUUCGAUUGUUUACAUGGACUUGGAGGAGGAGCGUAAACGCUUAUUGACUGUGGGUCAGGAUCGUGUUAUUAAGAUUUGGGAUCUUAAUACAAUUUGGGAUUAGAGGACGACCACACUGGGGGAAUUCUAUGGGAGUGGUGGUUAAGCGAUCAACUAUAAUUGGAAAUUAUAGUAAAAAAAAACAUACAAUACUACAAACAUAUACUACAAAUUAGAAACGAAUGAAGAACAGAAUUCUUUAUAAAAAAACGAAAUAUUAAUUAAUAAUAAUGUAAAUAAAGUAUUAUUUAAGGACUGAAACACAAAUCAGCGGUUUUCAAAUGUUACACACUUCACAUCUAUACUAAA